AACACAGAGAGAGAGAGAGAGAAAGAGAGAGAAGGGUGAGACCGAUAUGUAAAUGAAGAAGAGCAAAGGGAGAGAGCUUCAAAUGAGGAGGCGAGGCUGAGAGUGACGGAGAGGCGAGGGUGGAGGAGAAAGGGGGUUAAGGAGAGAGCCUGGAGCGGCACUUGUUGCAACAACGGCGUCGCACUUCUCCGCAGAGAUGGAGAGGCAUCGGACGGAGAGCGCGUUGCGGCGGCGAGCAGUAUUGUGUUGAUCGCCGCGCCGUGGCCUGGCAUUGGCCUUCGCCGUCCGAGAGCUGGGGCGCGAACGCGCUCCUACGAAAGAAGACCAGAGAGGGAGAGAGCAAAAAGAAAAGACUUCUCUGCCAGGCUCGCCGGUCGCCUUUCCCACCCUGGACGCCUGGAAAUGGAUCUCACCCGGAACGGAGGGUGAGAGUCGGCGUCAGAGAGGAUCGACGUGGGAGCCGGGGGAAGGGAGUUAGGCGAGGGAAGGAAAGCGUGGGAUGGGGCGAGUGAGCGAGAGAGAGAAAGGGAGAGCGUUCUCAACCCUCCCCUCCUGGCUUCGACCCUGGCCCGGCCGGCGACGGCAGGGGCGCGCAGCCGUAGUAGUCUGUUGCGCGCGACCGUCGGCGCAAGCCCGUGUGUCGUAGGGGGCAGUAGGGACCGGCUACGUGUUGCACAUCACGACGGCGGCGACGGCGGGAUGAUGUGGCGGCGUAGACGGCAUCACACGGAGACGAGUGGCCACGGGAGCAGCGGGCAGGUCUGAAGCCAGCGACACCAGCAUGAGCCGAGUCCCAUGACGCCCACGCGUCUAGACGAUCUCAACAUGAUUUCCAACAACGUUAUGUCCUUCGUCAAGAAGAUGGUGAAGAGCGGCUCGGACGAGGACGGCAUGCGGCUGGGCAGCAAGUUUCGCGCCACCGUGGCCGGCCUAAGUCCGCGGGCGUCACGCGCCGACCUCGGCCACUUGACGCCCGAGGAGCGUUCCAUCCUCGCCAGGGUCUGGCAGAAAGAAGACGAGUUCGAGACGCUUGUCAAGAAAUCCCAGACGCCCCCGCUCACGCCGCCCACCUCGCAACCGACGUCGACGGCCACGUCGACGCCGGACAAGACCUGCGACAAGGUGUUCCCGGGCGUCGCGUCGGUCAAGAUCGGCGCUGGAGUGCCGAUCGCCGCGGCCGGGGCCAACAACCCCGCCGCGCCCGCGGCGGCGACCCCUCCUCCGCCGCCUCCGUCGAAGCCGUGCCGCAUCUGUCGCAAGGGCAUCCAGGCGGGCGAGCCGUGCCACACGUGCGACGACUGCAAGCAGCUGGUGUGCGACGACUGCGCGUCGUACUCGCGAGACCCCCAGCACGCCGUGUGGCGAUGCUCGUGCUGCCGGAGACGCAUGAGCCACGACAGGCUCGGGCCUCCGCCCGGGUCCGGAAUGCACAGGGUGCCCUCAGUGCGUCGAAUGACGGAGCGAAUCGUACAGGACAGCGGAGGCCUGGGUUGCAGCACGGGCCCCAGGGGCAGCUUCAUGCUCAGCGAGCCUCUCAAGGAGGCGCUACGUCUCGAAAUGCAGAUGCAGGUCGACGGCGGCUGCCUGGCCCCGCCGAGCGCCCGCACCAUCGUCAAGCGUGGCUCGUACGCGGGUCAGACCGAGUGGCAGCGCAACGGCCUGCGCUCCUCGUCUCCCGAGCGACGUCACAGCUACCAGAAGCCUGCGGCGGGUCCAGACCGGGACGCCUCGUCGGACUCUUCCCUCGAGGAUGACUAUCUGCCGCGGGCGGGCCGCCUGCGCCGCAAGUCGCGCCUGCAGAGACACAAGAGCCGCACAGCGGCAGACGAGGAAGACUCCGAGGGCAACGAGUGGCGCAGCAACACGUCCUCUUCCUCGGCGCUGGACAGCCUGGAGGCGGACGGUGGCCCGCCUCCCCCGACGCACCCGGCCUCUUCGCACCGGGGCAGCACGGUGAGCGGCGGCCGGCUGGGCGUGUUGACGCGCUACAGCUCGGAGAGCUCGGACGUGAGCGACCUGAGCGGAGGAGGCCGCGGAGCCCCGGAGAGCUCGCCGGACGAGCGCCGCAGCAUCCCGAGCGUGACGGUGGACGCCAUCGGGCUGCCGCCCCCGUCGGUGGGCCUCUACGAGGAAGUGCGUCGGUGCUCCACGGGCAGCGCCCUGCCGCGCAUGCCCAUCCCGGAGAACCAGAUGCCAGCCAUGACCUGCCGUGCGCAUGCGCAGCUGUGCCUGUUUCCCGGCGCCCCCCACGGCACCGGCAGCACUCACUCGCUGGACCUGCCCCGCGAGGAGCUGGGCAAACCCGAGCGGAGGGCCUCGGCUCCCGAGGGGGACAACAUCAAGAUCGUCAUCGACGAUGUCGACUCUCAGGGACCGCCGCCCACGCCCCUGCGCAAGAGGGUGCUCCUGCAGAGGGACCCCGCCGACACGGGAGCGAGGACCCGAGGGUUCGGCAUGCGGGUCAUGGGCGGAAAGAAGGCCCCGGACGGCCACCUGUACGCCGCGGUGGCCUGGGUGCUGGCCGGUUCGUCGGCCGACCUGGCCGGCCUCAAGCAGGGCGACGUCAUCCUCGAGUGGAACGGCACCUCGCUCGUCGACCGCUCGUACGAGGAAGUGUGCGCCAUCCUCGACAAGUCGCCUCACAGCGUCGAGCUGGUUGUCGAGACCGGCAGGAAGAUGAGCAACCGCGAGCUUCGCGCGUCCACGGGCAACAUCCCGUCGCGCAAGUCGUCCACCUGUUCCAUGGGCGGCGGCGAAGGGGCGGCCACUCGCCGCAAGCUGCCGAAGACGCCCGACGAGAUCUGCAACAAGGCGCACGUACAGGGGGAGCUCGGCGUCCGCCUGUGGUACGACGGCACCGACUUGGAGGUUACCGUGCUGGGCGCACGCGGUCUACCUCCACGGCGUUCGUACGUCAAGCUGCGACUGCACGAGCCCGGCUCGGGCCUUAGGGGUCCGGCCAUGAAGACGCCCAUAUCGGAGCCGGUGACCAGUCCGGAGUGGAACAAGACGUUCGUGUUCAGCGCGCUCGAGUCGCUGGAGGGCCUGUUCCUGGACCUGACGGUGUGGGACCACCGGCCCGUCGGCACGAACGCCUUCCUGGGGGAGGUGCAGCUACCCCUCGACCGGUCGCCCCUCAGGGACGCCCCCGAAUGGCUGCCGCUGUCCAGGGGCGCCGGAGGAGCGGCACGCAGCCAGUCUCAGGAACUGCCACCCGACGACCUCAUCCGGAGCUCGUCCAUGGACUCGAUGCUGCUGCAUCCUGACGACGCUUGGCAGGGCAACCCGGUUGAACGGAAGUCGUCGGCACCAUCCGUAUACUCGGUCUCACCGGUAGCAGGCGGAAAGAACCGCCAACUGCUGGCCCAGGACAGCCUUCCAGAGUUGUACGCGUCUUCGCCGACGCAAGCUCCAGAACGAGCCAAGAGCGCCAGUUUCAAGGUUCGCCGCAACGUGAAUCUCCCAGACACCGCAGCCAUGGACGAGAGGCGGUCGCUUCCGAGGCGAAAGCUUUCACGGACGGUGAGCCUCAAGUCGGACGAGAGGGUCAACCACGUCCCACUCAGCAAAGGCGGAAACGACGGUGGUGACAGCAGCUCCGGCUCGGACCGAUGUCUGCAGGAGGUGGGGCCCGGCCAGAAGAACUCCCGGCGAGACCUGGCCCGGCUCGGAGAACUCAAGCUCGGCUUCAUCAUGACCAAGGGUCAGCUCGAAGUUGAGGUUGUCUGCGCCAGGGGACUGCCCCUUGGCUCGGGAGGAACGCCACCCGACACGUACGUGAAGACGUACCUGAAGGAGGGCGACCGCCAGAUGCAGAAGCGUAAGACGCGCGUCGUCCGCCACUCGUGCGAGCCACAGUACCGCCAGACGCUCAAGUACACGGCCGCCGACGUGCUGGGUCGCUCGCUGCUCGUCACCGUGUGGGAGCGCGCCCGGGGCUUCGACCACAACCAGCCGCUGGGCGCGGCCCUGGUGCAGCUGGACCGCCUCGAGCUCAGCCGGCUGACGCUCGCCUGGUACGCGCUGCAGACGCCCGCCGGGCCGGCGUCUGCGUCGGGACCCCGCGGCAACGGCGAGGAAGACGACGACGACGACGACGACUCGCCGUGAAACUGAACAACUCUGUGCGCGUCCGCGUGUGUGAGUGUGUGUGUGUACGUGCACGUGAUGAGAGCCACGCCGUCACCCGGUUCUCGAUUGACAGGGCCAGGAGACGGGGAAAUUGCCGCGCCAAGAGCGCCGCUGCUGCGUCGACGUCCGCCGCCUGUUUGUUUUCCCUGCAAGGUUUAAAGCGAAAGAGUGAUGCCGCACUAUGUUCGGCGCUUUGUAGGCAGCCAGACGCUGUGACUGUCGCGGUAGGACAGCGUAUCGUAGUAAGGAAUAAAUUAAAGUCGAGGUUUCCACGAGAAUUCGGGUAACGCAGUGAAGAUAAGGUUGCAGACAUCGACCAAGUCAAAUAUGGAAACGUAUGUAGGGUUUGCAUUCGCGUCAUCGCGGGCAUCAUAUCUUGGGCUACUAGAAUGUCGAGAAGAUGCGUAAACGAGCAAGAAAACCAACGGUGACAAACGGUCGUCGUCAAAAAGCAAAACAAUGCACGAGGGACAUUACGGCGCACUGACGACAUCGUGGCCGCCAUGUUUGGCUACCAGCACGCUGAAAGGCUGAAUUCAUAACUUCGCGUGAAAACUAUCUAUUGUCUAUUAUCCCUCGUUGAUUUGGUCAGGACUCUAAAACGGCUCUAAUUUUUUUUAUCUUUGGCUUGUUCAGAGCUCUGGGGCGUUUCUACUUCAGCUUUGACUCUGUCAGUGACCCCACCUUCGUCGUCAGGAAUCACACUGUGCCCUCACGCUGUCCCGUACUCUUCCUAUUUGUAAUCA